CGGAAACGUCAACAAUCGAGCAUCGGCGAGGAGGAGGAGAGCCGCAGAGAUGGACGCGCGUCGGAUGUCAGUCGCGAAUCCUCAACGGAAAUCAGACAAGGAAGCUUUGCCAGCGGAUGUCUUGAAAGUGAUCGUCGUUAAAGAGGAGCAGCAGGAGUGGAGUGCCGGUGCAGAGCAGGAGGAUGCCCAGCCGGCCCGUGGCAAAGACGAGGAGAACGAACUGAACUGGACUCGGUUCUCGUUGACUCGGGUCCACGUGAAGGACGAAGAGGGCGAAUACUUUCCCGAGUCACACGGCAACCUCAGCAGGCGCUCGUCCCAACAAGCGGCCACGGAGUCAGACGGAGACCGCAGUGGAGGAUCAGAAACGGACCCUCGGUCCCGCGUCGACACGGACGACAGCGACAGGACUAACGAACCCCCGACCAUUAAGACCAGUUCUCGCCCUAAUAAGACAUUUGACUGCUCCGAAUGCGACAAAACCUUCGAGCACAAGCGCAACCUGAAGCGCCACAUGAGGCGCCACACGGGGGAGAAACCCUUCUGCUGCUCGCUGUGCGCCAAAACCUUCCGCCAGCGCUCCAACCUGGUGGUGCACACCCGCACCCACACGGGCGUCAAGCCCUUCGCCUGCCAGCUGUGCCACAGCAGCUUCAGCCAGCGCAUCUCGCUGGUGCUGCACGUCAGGACGCACACCGGGGAGAAACCCUACCCCUGCCCGCUGUGCGGCGACCGCUUCUCCCGCAAGGGCACCAUGAUGUCGCACAUGCGCACGCACACGGGCGAGAAGCCGUUCGGGUGCGGCACGUGCGACCGGCGCUUCGCGUUCAAGUGUCAGGUGACCAAGCACAAGUGUGCCGGGAAAUGAACGUAUUGCACCUUUAAACCAUACUUGCCAACCU